AUGGAGGUCCCACAGGUGUGCUUGUACGAUCCCUGUGUGAAUGAUGAUCCAGUUGGUAAUUUCUUUGAAGAUAAUGAUGAUGUUUUUGAGGAUGACUCGCAUUAUGGUGCAGAUGUUUCAAAUGAGGAUGUGAUAGAGAAGACUACCACCAAAUUAUCCACCCUGGUGGAGGCAGAUGUAUCGAACAAUGCAGACAGAGGAAGGUUCAUGAAUGUCUAUACCCUUGGCCAAUUCGAGUUUCAUGUAACUGGUGCAGACAGUGAUCUUGAGGUGAAUUUGAUGACGAAAUCAUGCUCAUGUGGGGUAUUCCAGCUCAUAGGCAUACCUUGUCCCCAUGCAGCUGCAGCAGCUAUAGCGUGUGGGGUGAACCUUUACUCUUUGUGUUCAUCGUUUUACACCAUUAAGUCAUGGAGGAAUUCGUAUAAAGAAACCAUUUACCCAACUGGGAACGAGGAUGAUUGGAUACUUUUAGAUGACAUUAAGAAUAUGGUAGUAGGUGUACCCAUAGGGAAACAACAAGUUGGUCGUCCAAAGAAGCCAAAGCUAGGAAGACCAAGGACAAACUGUUGGCCAUCCAGUGGGGAAAAAGAUGUGAAAAUGCGUAAGUGCAGUAGAUGUGGUGGUCAUGGCCACAACAAGUCCUCAUGCAAAGCUUGGUUCUGA